AUGGGCGUGUGGAGGGCAAGGGAGCUACGGUAUGGGCGUGGGGAGGGCAAGGGAGCUACGGUAUGGGCGUGGGGAGGGCAAGGAAACUAUGGGGGCAAGGGAGCUACGUAUGGGCGUAGGGCAAGGGGGUAUGGGCGUGUGGGAGGGCAAGGGAGCUACGGUAUGGGCGUGUACCAGGAGCUACGGUGGGCGUGGGAGGGCAGGGCAAGGGAGCUACGGUAUGGGCGUGGGGAGGGCAAGGAGCUAACGGUAUGGGCGUGUGGAGCGCAAGGGAGCUACGGGUAUGGGCGUGGGGAGGGCAAGGGAGCUACGGUAUGGGGCGUGGGGAGGGCAAGGGAGCUACGGUAUGGGCGUGGGAGGGCAAGAAUAAAGCUAGCGCGUAUGGGCGUGUGGAGGGCAAGGGAGCUACGGUAUGGGCGUGGGGAGGGCAAGGGAGCUACGGUAUGGGCGAUGGGGAGGGCAGGGAGCAUACGUAUGGGCGUGGGAUGGAGCUACGGUAUGGCGUGGGGAGGGCAAGGGAGCUACGGUAUGGGCGUGGGAGGCAAGGGGAGCUAA